AUGUUUCAGCCUCAAAUUGUGUACGAUUAUCGACGCCCUGAAGAUGAUUCAGGUGAUACAUACGAGAAAGUCAGCCAAGAGAUAGUAAACUAUCAUUCUAAGGUGUUUAUGCAUAUUUGCUGUCUUGCGUUCAUAUGCUUUGUUAAUGUAGUGCUGUCAUUAACCUUGAAAUACCAUAAGAAAUUUGGUCCCGUCGCAUUGUUUCAUUUUAUUUCCUAUGUUAUAUGGUUCAUAUCUUUUAUUUCUAUGUUUAACCAAAACCGUUCUUCACGCUUACCAAGAAAAGAGAAGGAAAGGCAAGAUAGGGAACGGCAAUUAUAA